UUUCAACUACAUCCAAUUCGAUUUGAUCUGUUACCAAACACGUACUUGGUCUAAUAGUUGUAUAGUGUCAUGUGUGGAAUAUUGUUCCGCAUAGGUACGGGAACUGUAGUACAUCCUAUUUGUUGUGGAGUACAUGAAUGUUCAGCACAAUGGGAAUCAAGUGAUAUUGAAGAGAUCAAGAACCUCAUAAAUCAAGACCUAAGUAGCACCCUUGAAUUGAGGCCAAAUGACAUCAAAAAGAUUGGAAAUCUCAAGGAAAUUCGAGAGCUCAAUGAGAAGUUGAAUAGGGUUAAAAACACAAUCGGAAAAUCCCCAGAUCAUUCUGAGCAGUUGAAAGAGGAAAAGAGUAGACUUCAGAGUCAGAUCGACGACUUAAGUGUUGAUGAUGCCCAAGAUUUAAUGGAAGAUAAACUUGUACUUGAUGAUGAACGUGACUUCGACACUCUAAUUAGUUCUAUAGCCGGAAGAGGACCUGAUUACCUACAAUACUUAAGCUACCCAUUGACGGAUGGAUACCAUAUUCAACAAUUUUCAGCUAUCUUGUCUUUGCGUCAACCAUUUGUAAAGCAACCAAUACAUGUUCGAGACAUUGAUAUUGUGAUCCAGUUUAACGGGGAGCUUUACAAUAAAGAAUGUAUUGACUCAAAUGAUACCAAAUUUAUUACCGAAAGAGUACUUUCAAACAUUAAUAAUGGGAAAAGUAGACAUAAUUCGAUUUUACAAACAAUAUCCGAAUUAGAAGGUGAAUUUGCAUAUGUAAUUUUGGAUAAAUCAUCCAACUUGGUAUAUUUUGGAAGAGAUUUCAUUGGGAAACGAUCAUUAGUAUACAAGUUAUUGAAGAAUGAAGAAGGCAAAAUAUCAGAAUUUAUUACAAGUUCAAUUGCAAUUCCUACAAUUACUGGUGAAUCUGAAUAUAUUGAAUGUAAAUCAGAGGAAAUAAAUAUAUUAAAUAUCAAGUCUGGUUCAAUUGAAACCGUUGAAAUUUCAAGACCAAAACCUUCACCAGAAGUAUCAUUAGAAGUAUUGGGGUUGAAAUCAGGACAUAAAGUUGACGAACUUAUCAAUGAAUUUGAUGUUGUCUUUACCAGGGCAACAAAAGAUAGAAUAGAUACAAUACAUCCCUUGCAUGAUACUAUUGAUCAUGCUAGUUUAGGGAUACUCUUUUCGGGUGGACUUGAUUGUACAGUUGUAGCAGGAGCAAUUGGCCGUAUAUAUAACGAAAGGAAAAGUACUAAUGGAAUGAAAAUAUUGGUUGAUUUGCUUACCGUUGGGUUUGAAAACCCUAGAACACAAGCUUCUGCUCAAGAUUCACCAGACAGACAAUUAGCUAAAAAAUCUUGGUUUGAAUUAGCGAAGAAAUUUAACAGUGAUGUAAUUGACUUUAGGCUUGUGGAAGUUGAUGUUGGAUACGAAGAGUGGUUAAGACAUAGGCAUAGAGUUAAGCGGUUAAUGUAUCCAUGUGAUACUGAAAUGGAUUUGUCCAUUGCCAUUGCAUUUUAUUUUGCUAGUCGUGGAGAAUUUGGUACUAAAUUAUCACUUGAUUUCGAGUCACAAACAGUGGUAGAAUCCAAUUACACAUCUAGGGCUAAAGUUUUAUUAUCUGGGUUAGGAGCUGAUGAACUUUUUGCCGGGUACAGUAGACAUGAACUGGCAUUUGAUCCAUUAAUGCCUCCUCAAGAAGGAAAUGAAGAAGAGUAUAGAAAUACAUUAAUGCAAUGUUAUAUGAAAUUGAAAUCAGAAUUAACUAUUGAUAUCAAGAAUAUUUACAAGAGAAAUUUGGGGCGAGAUGACCGUGUUAUUUCAUCAUGGGGGAAAGAGCUUCGUUACCCAUUCCUUGAAGAAGAUGUAAUAAAUUUUGUCAUGUCCAAGGUCCCAUUAGACUUAAAGUUGGAAUUCCAAUGGGAAACAGUUACCAAUAGAAAGGGGAAAACCCUGACAAGAAUCAAGCCAAUUAGAAAGUGGUUAUUGCGAGAGUAUGCUGAAUAUCUUGGACUUUCGUGGGUGAAACAUGAAUUGAAACGUGCCAUUCAAUUUGGGGCCAAAAGUGCCAAGAUGGAAAUUGGACAAAAUAAAACUAGAGGUACAGACACAUUGAAAUGAUUAUAGAAUAAUAAAUAAUAAUAAUAAAUAGUAUAGAAGAAUUAAAG